GUAAGUGUCUUCAUUAUACAUAACCCUUACAUUCAUACCUGAAAAUUAUUGUGCAGAAAAAUUACCGAGCUGAAAGACCUGAAACAUUUAAUUGAAAUGUGCAAAUUGAACGUACUCCUGGAAGUGAGCGCAAAAUGUAAUUUAGUUAUGAAAUGAAACAGCAGCACGAUUAGUUAAGCUAGUGGCUCAUGGAAGUGCCAGAGAAUCUAUGUAUUAGUGAUCAAAUUUCAAAGUGCCAGAAAACAUGUUGAUGCAUCUUUGUCACCGUCACAAGUUCUGCAUUGAAGAUUUUGCCUACAACUUGUUAAAUUAUUUCUACAGUUUUCUUCUACUCCAAUUAUCAAGCUGUUUUUCAAAAAUAAAUUUCUUCCUUUCACGUCAACACAAAUUGGCAAUUAUUGAUCCCUCUUGCGUGCCGACCUCUAAGCUGUCUACUAGGAGGUCGCUGACAUGUGCAUGUGUGAUCCAUGACAUCUUCUGUCCUGCCGAACAAAAAGAUCCUAAUACACCAUCAAUUAGAUUUCCGGCCCUAAAAUCUUUCAUGUAUUCUUUCCUUCCUGCAUGUCUUAUAUUUCCGCAAUCACUUUUCUCAUUUCGGUACCCAUAUAUGUUAUCACCUCAGCUCUCUUUCCCGACUCUCUUCCCUUCUGCAAUUCUUCCCUCUUUACUUUUGGCAUCCAAAUCACUGCCAUUAACGCACGUCCGUCAUCGGUGCUCUUUUUGGCACAAACAUUCUUCAAGACGACCAAGAUAUUCCCCAAGUCUCGCUUCUUUAUUACUCAUGAGCCUGAUUUUAUCGCGCGAUGCGGCCGUGGCUAGCGGGCUAACCGCGGACUCCGAAGCAGCGGCUAAUGAGAUUCUGGCGAGGUACCCAGGCCAGGAUGACUACAUAAGUCCGGCGACGUCGAUGACGGCCGUGGCGGGCGGCGCCACGGAGCUGCCGUGCGACCAUCGCUCGCCGGAGUCCGGGGAUCCUGCGGUGCUUGUCCUGUGGUACCGCAGCGGCGUCCUCAAGCCCGUCUACAGCUACGACGCGCGCGGUGACGCCGCGUCGCACUGGAUGAACUUGGACGUCGUGGGCAACCGCGCGACGUACGAGCCUCCUAGGAACGCGCUGCUGCUCCGGUCUGUCGCCGCCUCGGACCAGGGCGUCUACCAGUGCAGGGUCGACUUCAGGACCAGCCCUACUCUCACCUACACCAUCAACCUCACUGUCAUUAUUCCUCCUCAGCGCCUGACAAUUCUAUCUCCUGACGGCGCUGAGGCUGGAGCAACAGUCGGUCCCAUAGUGGAAGGGGAAGCCCUUCGACUUUCUUGUGAGGCUGAAGGUGGUGACCCUUCCCCUACGGUCUCAUGGUGGGAAGGAGAUGUCCCUUUUGGUGACAACUACAAUACACGUGAACCCAUUCAUUACAUGGACCCUACGUAUCCUACCUUCAGACACAUCACUUAUCCUACCUACCAACACUCGAAGCUUAUGUUCGGUGACUACGACGCUACGGUGUCCAGCGCCGGCUUCACGGUAUCGACUUCUAGAGAAAGGGGCAUCUUUAAUAACGAAGUAAAAGAAGAAAAUGAAGUUUUUAUAUCCAGCACCGUUAUGGCCACUCCACGCAGGGUGGUCAAUACUCUUCUCAUUGACCCGCUCAAGAGAGGCUUCCUAAACACUGUCCUGACGUGUCGAGCUAGUAACACUAAUCUUAGUGCACCUCUGCAGACAUCCGUCACUAUUGACAUGAUAUUGUCCCCGCUGCACGUGAAGCUCCUAACCUCCCACGAGCCACUAGUGGUCGGAGGCAGGAGCUACGAGAUGGUGUGUCAGGCUGUAGGAGGAAGACCUCCAACCAAUCUGCUCUGGUUCCUUGAUGAUGAACCCCUCAAGAACUAUACAACGCAGAUCAGCCGUGACGGCAACGUGACGACGAGCGUGCUCACCAUCACACCGGCGGCCUCCAGUCUGGGGCGUCUGCUGACGUGCCGCUCACAGCCGCCCCACGCGCGCCUCCAGCCUCUGCGCGACAGUUGGCCGCUCCUCGUGUAUUAUCCUCCCUUCGUUACUCUGAAGCCUGGCAGAUCUCUUAACCUGUCUGCAAUUGAAGAAGGCGAUGACGUUUACUUUGAAUGUAUCGUCAACGCCAGCCCACCCAUUUACAAAAUCGUAUGGAAUCAUCAGGGCCGAAUCCUGCACCACAACGUCUCAGCGGGCAUCAUCCUGAGCAACCAGAGCCUCGUGGUGCAGGGGGUGGACCGCGCCGCGUCCGGCGUCUACAGCUGCACAGCCUCCAACAUAGAGGGCGACGGCGUGUCUAACUCUCUGCACCUCAACGUUAAAUACGCGCCGGUGUGCGGACAACAAGACUGGCAGUACCGCGGCGCAUCGCUGCACGAGACGCUCGUGAUCCCCUGCGUGCUGGACGCGCUGCCUCCUCCACACCACGUCACCUGGACCUUCAACAACACCGGCGAGAGCAUACGUAUUGCGCAGAACAAGGUAUCGGUGGCAGGACGUAGGUCGUCGGUACGCUACACCCCCAAGACUGAGCUGGACUACGGCACGCUGCUCUGUUGGGGUACUAACACCGUCGGCCGACAAGCCCGGCCGUGUGUCUUCCAUAUCUUCCCUGCUGGUCCCCCCGAUCCAGUUCACAACUGUUCGCAGUUCAACCUGAGCGCAACGGACGUGAAUGUUCGAUGUUCGCCAGGAUUUGACGGAGGCCUGCCUCAGACCUUCAUCAUGGAGCUGUACGACGAGCAAACUGGCAAACUUGUGGCCAACGUGUCGAGCCAGGUGCCGGUGCUGUGGGCCAGAUCUCUCCCCUCGUCAGGCAGUUUCAGUGGCGUCGUAUUCCCUCUAAACAGCAAGGGAAGAGGGGAAAUCACCCCAAUCAGUGCCGUGACACUCAGGGACCAGGCAGAGAAGCGAACAGCUGCCAUGAAGCCUCCUCCCUCAUUGGCAAGCUCGUCACUGGGACCCCUGACGACGCCCCUCAUCGGCAUGGUGCUGGGGGCUGCCCUCGUGCUCGUCCUCGUCGUGGCCGUCGCCGUGGCCAUCGUCAAAUUCAGGUCCGGGGCGCCCAGCGGCUGCCAGAACACCUCCGUUAGGAUACGCUCCACGUCCACAUCAAUAAGCGAUUCUCCUGGGAACACGAAGCGUCGUUCGCUGCUGGACAGCGAUGACUUGGAGAAACGUACCAUCCUGGAGACUGAGGCAGCGGCUCCAGACAACAACCCGGACGUUAUCCAGCCCCAGCCUGCUGCAUGGAGCAAGGGUCGGUUCUGUUCGCGAGGUGGAAGUGAAGAACCGCUGUUAACAGUUCCAGCCUCUCCCCCGAACUCCACCCCUGCCGCAACAUUGAAACAUUCACGCACCUCCACGGCAAGUGUGAACACGUCUUCGGACUACAGAGGCGGCUCGAAGAACGGCCGCGCAGUGAGCAGCAGCAGCACUUCAUCAGAAAGUUUUGGUGCUGUCAUCCAGCAUCACCAUCAUCAGGACCCUCCGCCUCCCGCUCCAUCCCGUAACUUGGACCCCGAUGGUGCUUAUGGUUCUUUUGGUCCUCAGUUCUCAGCUCAGUCUGAACGUUGCACGAGUCGCACUUCGCUAGACGACGCGUAUGACGUCAUGUAUAAAAACAAUGAUCAGUAUCGGUACUGUGAACAUGAUGCUUCAAGCCGCGAUAAUGACCAUGCAGGUUUGUAUCGAACGUUGCCCAGUAAACGGCAACAGCCACCCCAACCCGAAGCAUGGAAACAUGGAAAUGAGGUUGAGAAUUUCCGUGCAAAAUCUAGAGAUAAUUCGUUGAAUUUCAUGUAUGCUGCUGAAAAUCCAAUGAAGAGGAGAAAUUCUAAAGAAAAAAUUGAUAAUAUUCAGAGGAGAAUAGAAAAAUCAAUUCCGGCUACUUCCAAAUCUGGUACUGGAGAUUCACGCGCGGGAGGAUUUCAUGCCAAAAAUCCUUUGCAUGAUCAUUUACUGAAAAUUGCUCCCAACAAUGACAGGAUACGAGUCCAAAUUAAAGCUCAUGAUACGGAAGUGGUUUUGCCUUCAACGGACCGCGAACGCGAGAGUUCUGUCUGAUGAGACACUAUAUUGAACAAUUGACUUAUUAUAGUAUCAAACAUAGCAGAAUUAACUAGAUUACUCACAUUCCCAUACCACAUAUUUCACCAAUAAUUAUUAAAAGUGUAUUAUAUAAAUUAGCAAGCAUUUUUAUUUUUAUAAUCCACAACGAUGAUCGCAUUCAGCAUGAUUAAUAUUUUUAUACCUUAAAAUAGUAUUCAAAUGCAAAGCCACUUUUCAUUUUUGAUACCACGAUCCUCUUUUACAUUGGAAAGAUUUAUUUACCGUCAAUAUUCUAGUAUAAUUGCGAAAAAACGUAAAACUUUGUAAUGGAAAUAUUUUGUCUCCACUUCUUAACGGGGAUGAAAUGCGAGACUAACGCUGCAGUUUUAAAUUUAAAAGUUUUCCAUGGAACAGACCCUUUUUCAUGUCUGCAGCGUGGUCUAAAUUUUUAAUUUACAAAGUGUUGGCUCUGUAAAACGACGUCGCUGAAAGUGUCCUUCCAUUGUAUAUACUCUAGCAACAUUUAUGAAAUACGUUCAAUAGAGGUGUUAAUUUUUUAUAUUCGCGUUCUCACUAACAAUGUUAGACAUACAAAUUUUAAUAUAUCUUAAUAAAGAUUAUCACUCUCGCGAUCAAAAUUAGUUGGUUUUUGCGGUUGUUAGGUUAAAAAUUCAUGCAAUUAAUUUAGAAAUAAAAUCAAUCUCCUAUGAAGCGAGCAUCAUCUUUGUUGUUGUGGAUCAAGUAAGUAUGCCAAACCAAAAAAUAUACUAAGGCAGGAAGUUAUGUUGCUUUAAUAUAAAAUUUAAUUAAAGAAGAUUGUUUCAAAAGACGGUACCUCAUAAAGACUCGCGGAAGCUUUCCGUUUCUCAUCGGUUAAUUUUUCACGAAAACUAUGCUGGAAUACCUCGGUUCAAGAUGGCGAUUCCUUCAAAGUAACUCUUAACCUUAUGAAGUGCAGAUUAAUGUAUUUUCUUGUAAAUAGCAGUAUGAGAAAAACAAAGCACCAAGAUCAGGUCUAACAUUAGAGUUAUUUUUGCCUAAAAUAUGUGUAGAAAAUAGUAAUACAAUAUG